CUGGUUUAAAAAUACACAGAGGAAGUGAGUUUGAGGGCGCCUGAAAGAGGAAGAGAUGGUGAAGAAGGCACCUCAGCACUGAUGUCUGAAGCCCCUCUCGGACCAACCAAGACAACCAAGAUGACGGAGGUGCCCAAGAAGGCCAGCAAAAAAUUCAAGUUCUUCAAGUUCAAGGGCUUUGGUAGUCUCUCCAGUCUUCCUCGGUCCUUUACUCUGAGACGGUCCUCAACUGCCUACAGUAUCCGGUCCUAUCUGGAACGUGACGACUUUGAGGCCACACAGGAUGACAUGGUGACAGUUCCCAAGAGUCCCCCAGCCUAUGCCCGCUCCAGUGACAUGUACAGCCACAUGGGCACCAUGCCUCGUCCUAGCAUCAAAAAGUCUCGAGACCGACAGUCUAUAAUGGAGACCCCAGAGGGGGAUCCUGAGUCCCCUCUGGUACCCCAAGUUCUGACCAACCCUCCAGACAUGGAGGCAGCCAAGGAAGUAGUGAUGGAGACAGAUGCCCCCCUGAAGGAUACUCCAGCAGUGGGACCUGGCCCUUCAGCAGUGAAGACGGACCUGGAAAAAAAGCCUGAGGAUACCAGGGCAGACAAGAGAGUAGAGAGUGCCCCCAGAAAUAUGUCCCCAGAAAGACUUUGCAUUGAAUGCCAACUCUUGCUGUCUCCUGCCCAGUUCUCCAAGGAGAAGUAUAUCCUGGACUCAUCACCAGAGAAACUGCACAAGGAAUUGGAGGAAGAACUUAAACUCAGCAGCACAGACCUCCGCAGCCAUGCCUGGUACCAUGGUCGCAUCCCCCGGGAGGUUUCGGAGACUCUGGUUCAGCGUAACGGUGACUUCCUCAUCCGAGACUCACUCACCAGCCUGGGGGACUAUGUACUCACAUGCCGCUGGCGCAACCAGGCCCUGCACUUCAAGAUCAACAAGGUGGUAGUGAAGGCAGGCGAGAGCUACACCCACAUCCAAUACCUCUUUGAGCAGGAGAGCUUCGACCACGUGCCUGCGCUGGUGCGGUAUCAUGUGGGCAGCCGCAAGGCGGUGUCCGAGCAGAGUGGCGCCAUCAUCUACUGCCCAGUCAACCGCACUUUCCCCCUGCGCUACCUGGAGGCCAGCUAUGGUCUAAGCCAGGCCAGCAGCAAAGUGGGCAGCCCUGCCAGCCCCUCGGGCUCCAAGGGCAACCACAUGAAGCGACGCAGCAUCACCAUGACAGAUGGGCUCACCAGCGACAAGGUCACCCGAGGUGAUGGCUGCUCUGCCAGCGCAUCACUGCCCCACCCCCGGGAAUCCAUCCGCAACUGUGCUCUCAGUAUGGAUCAGAUCCCAGACUUGCACUCACCUAUGACCCCCAUCUCUGAGAGUCCCAGCUCCCCUGCCUACAGCACUGUGACCCGUGUCCAUGCUGCCCCCGCUGUCCCCUCAGCCACAGCACUGCCUGUCUCUCCUGUCACUCGCCGCUCCAGUGAGCCCCAGCUGUGUCCUGGAAGUGCCCCAAAGCUCCCUGGGGAAUUGGACAAGGUCUCUUAUACCAGCCCCUCCCACACCCUCUGCAACGCUUCCCCAUCACCUUCGCUCAGCAGCUACAGUGAUCCAGACUCAGGCCAUUACUGCCAGCUCCAGCCUCCUGUCCGUGGCAGCCGUGAGUGGUCGGCAUCUGAGGCCUCCAGCCAACAGACCCGGAGUUAUGGGGAGAGACUAAAGGAACUGUCAGAAAGUGGGGCCUCAGAAGGAGACUGGGGCAGAGCCUUCACAGCCCCCAUUGUGGAAGCCACCUCUUCCUUCAACCCAGCCACCUUUCAGUCCCUGCUGAUCCCCAAGGAUAACCGUCCCCUGGAGGUGGGGCUCCUGCGCAAGGUCAAGGAGCUGCUGGCAGAGGUGGAUGCCCGGACACUGGCCCGACACGUCACCAAGGUUGACUGCUUGGUUGCUAGGAUACUGGGCGUUACCAAGGAGAUGCAGACCCUAAUGGGAGUCCGCUGGGGCAUGGAGCUGCUCACCCUCCCCCAUGGCCGGCAGCUACGACUAGACCUGCUGGAAAGGUUCCACACCAUGUCCAUCAUGCUGGCUGUGGACAUCCUGGGCUGCACAGGCUCUGCGGAGGAGCGGGCAGCACUUCUGCACAAGACCAUCCAGCUGGCGGCUGAGCUCCGUGGGACCAUGGGCAACAUGUUCAGCUUUGCUGCCGUCAUGGGCGCCCUGGACAUGGCCCAGAUUGCCCGGUUGGAACAGACAUGGAUGACCCUGCGGCAGCGACACACAGAGGGUGCCAUUCUCUAUGAAAAGAAGCUCAAGCCAUUUCUGAAGAGCCUUAAUGAGGGCAAAGAGGGCCCGCCACUGAGCAACACCACGUUUCCUCACGUGUUGCCACUCAUCACGCUGCUGGAGUGUGACUCAGCACCAGCAGAGGGCCCCGAGCCCUGGGGCAGCACAGAGCAUGGCGUGGAGGUGGUGCUGGCCCAUCUGGAGGCUGCCCGCACGGUGGCCCAUCACGGAGGCCUGUACCACACCAACGCUGAGGUCAAGCUUCAGGGAUUCCAGGCCCGGCCGGAGCUCUUGGAAGUGUUCAGCACCGAGUUCCAGAUGCGCUUGCUCUGGGGCAGCCAGGGCGCCAGCAACAGCCAGGUCCGGCGCUAUGAGAAGUUUGACAAGGUCCUCACGGCCUUGUCCCACAAGUUGGAGCCUGCUGUUCAUUCCAGUGAGCUGUGACCCUCUGAGGUCACUGGCCCCUGCAAUCACAGGUAGCACUGCGGACAGCCGGGUACAGAGCUCUUCCCAGAGCACCCCAAGGACACUGUGAUGAGCCCAAGAAUGUUCUGUGUUCAAAUCCAGGAUCUCCCUUGCGCCUUCUAAAUCCAGUGUAGGCUCUGGGCUCCAUCCCACUGGCUACACAUCCACCAAGUCUCCACCUAGGAUGAACUGGAGCCCUGUUCCUGCUUCCAGUGUCUGCUUUCUCUCCUUGCUGCUCUGCCCUAUGUGGAAGCCACAGAAGGUUUCUCCAGCCUCCUCAGGCUUUUCUAGGCAUCAUUCCCCACCCACACCAAGGCCUCCAUCUGGCUGUAAAUAAGUCUGUCUGUUCUGUAAAUAGAUGUACAGAAGCCAUGUUCUUUCUUUCAUAUAAUAAACUUUUAUGACUCUU